AUGACUCAAACUCGAACUCUUGCAGAUCACAACUACCAAAACGCGUUCUAUGCCAAAGGUGGAAGCCAUCACUUUCCGAUUGAAACGAGACCAAAAGUUUCUCCUUCUAUGAUGCGUGAAACCCCACAUAGUAUUUAUACUAAGACAAAAAGCGCAUCCUUAUCUUCGCAGUUUCCAUUCAAUCAAUGCUCUGACACAAGUCUUCGAGAAACAAAAAAGUCUGUGGAAUUCGGUGUCAGGUAUGCUGUGCGCCAAUACUUCAAUUUUGAGUUUCAAAAGUUCCAUUACAACGAAAACAGCUUGUUUCGGACAGAUACUUCAUGGGACCGCAAACCAGCUUGGCCCCAGUACUAUUGGGAAUUUGUACCCAAAACACUUUCAAGCUCCAAAAACCGUCAGAUACUUUUGCAACUGCCGCCAAUUUUGGUCCCUAAAGGAGAACCCAACAGGGAAAUGCUUAUAUCGCUUUUGAAAAAAGUGUUGAACAUUUGCAUUCAGAAGAAAAUGAACUUAUCUCAGAGCAAUAUGGACGAUGUGAUGGUGCAGCAGGCGUUACAUUAUGCUACAAAUAUGUUUCUACAAAAUUUCAAAUCUUCGUCCACCAGAGAACUCUGCAACGACAUCAUACGCGAUAAGCUUUCAGGGGAGUUGAAUGAAGCACUUUCGGACCUAGUUGGUGACUUCUUGGAUAAGUAUGAAGAUAUUGCACUAGAGUCAUACGAAGACGUAAUCACUGACGGCGUCACAGAUCCUGAGAGCAGACAAAAAUCAGCCACGGUGGAAAACCCAUGUUUUACAUCCAGUUUCAAAAACAUAUGGAAACUCGAUCCAUCAAACUUUUUAGAUUUCAAUGUUCGUGUUUUCAUCGAAGAGUACACUGGAGUCGAGAGCCGGCCAUUUUCUUUCAACUCCUUUCGAGAAAACUUUACAGUGAAGUUAGGAGAGGUUGCAUUAAUGAUGAAUAUUCUGAAAGCGACGGUUAACUACCGCAGUGAACUUCUCGCGCUGAAGGAUCCACCAGCAGAAGUGCUGGAUGAGAACAUAGAUAAAAUGGAAGAAUUUGGAGAUCUUCAGCGGACCUUACUGUAUCUAAUGGAGAAAGCGGAGCAAAAAACACAAAUCAAGAGAAAGAGCAAAAGCUUACGUUUUGCAGAGCUUCCCACUAUAUAG